AUGUCAGUGCGGCACUCCGGUCUACAGAAGGACGUCCUCGCACUCUACCGCCGGGCUCUGCGCAUGGUUAGAACGAAGCCAGAGAACGUACAGCCUAAGUUCAGUCUCUUCGUCCGCUGGUCUUUCCGGACCCAAUCCGCUGGUGUCUCGCCGCGCAACGUGAGCACCAUCGAGCAUCUCUUGAGGAAAGGAGCUCGACAGCUGGAGACGUACGAGAGUCCGACGGUCAAGGAUUGCUGGGUGUCGGGAGAAAUGAAGCAGUGGGAUGAAGAACAGAAACAUCGAUGGAGGACUUUGCAUGCACACAGUACACCCCAAUGA